AUGCGGUCCCUAGAACCAGGUUAGGACUCUCAAAGGCUCUGAUUCUUCGGAAAAAGACAACAUAUCAAGAACGUGUCGAUGAUGAGACCUCCAAAAAACGAACUCUGCGAGGAACUCCCGACGGCGCAAUCAAUCGCCGAAGAGGACCAACCACGGCGCCGAUACCUCCGGCGACACAGCGGCACUUAGCACACACACAUCCGAGAACCCUGCCGAUAAUUUAUCGGCUGCCGCUCGAACAGAACAGAAAAGAGUGA